CCUACUGAUGCGAAAGAACGAAUCAAACAACAGCGUAGACAGAGAUAUGCAGAAAUGGAUAAACACAAAAAAGAGGAGCUACUUAAGAAGCGUCGUGAAUCCUAUCAGCAGAAGAAAGCUAAACUACAAAUCACACCAUCUGUUACAGCCACGCAAGAGUCACAUGGAUAUCCAUCUGCACUUUCUCAACUACAAAACACACCUGCUCUUAAAGGAGACACUUAUUGGAACAAGGAAAAUGUUGUCCCUGUUGAAAAAGACGCAUACCAAAUGCAAACACCUCAUAUGUCAUCUCAAGGGCAAGGAAGUCUCGUCACUGCUACAACAUUCAACAAUGAAAAUGAGGUUCCUUCAGUGAACAAGGAAAAUGAAGUUCCUUCUGAAGAUGAUGAAUGGCUAAGAAGGAAUGACAGCUAUCAGAGGCAAUCAAUUCCUAUGGCAUUUCAAGGGCAAGAAAUCAUCCCUACUGGUAUGAUUGCAACUUAUUCUAAUUAUUAUUGCGUGAAGUUGCAGGGCCAUAUAGAAUGA